UUAUAUUUCCCCCGCCACAAAGGCCUGAGAACGAAGAACGAGGCAUAGAAAACACUUUUCAUACUACAGAAGAUUGAAUGAUUUUAUACAUUUGUGACCAUCAAAUGUAAUACCUGGAUGACGAGAAGUUCAAUGUGCAUCAUUCAAUUCCAGCAGCUAUGCAUAAAAUGACGGCGUCCCACGGUCUAACAAAUCGAAUGGAAGAUGAUUUCCAAAACGGCACUGUCACACUCCUUAUCAGCGCAAACGCCACCACUGAUGUCGUCUACUCAAGUGCUGAGGACCUCCUGGGCCCUCGCUAUCACAAGCGAGCCCGCAUUGCCAUCAUCAUCGUAAUGAUCAUCGCCUCCGUCAUCGGUAAUACCAUCGUCUGCUGGAAGCUCGUUGUUAAGAGGCGCCGCCGACGAAUGUCCAAAGCUCGCGUGCUCUUCCUGAACCUGGCCAUCGCGGACCUCCUGGUGGCUUGCAUCACCAUGACGUCACAAGUGGUGUGGGAGGUGAUGGGCCGAGUGUGGAUUGCGGGCGACGCUUUCUGUCGCCUCUUCAAGUUCCUGCAGACUUUCGCACUCGUAUCGUCCACGUACAUGCUGGUGGUUAUCGCGCUGGACAGACACAUUGCUAUAGUCACACCGUUGGCCCCAAACCCGGACCCCUGGAGAUUGGCAGCUUUCACCUGGCUCGCGUCGUGUUUGCCGUCCCUGCCGAAUGUGUACGUGUUCCACGCCGUCAAGGUGGCUCCCGGAAAGUGCUUCUGCGCGUCCAUCUUCUAUGACCGCGGCACGCCGAUCUACCAUCGUCAGGUGUACAUGGGAUUCGUGUUCUUCAUGGUGUUUGUGGUUCCGCUCGCACUUUUGGUGACAUUCUAUACGGGCAUCUUGUGGACCAUCUGGAAGCACAGCUCCAGGAGCGGCAAUGUGGGCCAGCAAACGGCCUCAUCGAUUCCACUUGCCAAGGUCAAAACGCUGAAGAUGACGGUCGUGGUAUUCGGUGCUUUUCUUGUGACCAACGUGCCCUACAUGGUGCAAGAGGUGAUCUUGGCGUUCGGCAAUCCAGGUGUCCUCAACGCCAACGUAGUGGCUCUGUCUGGUGUUAUAUCGGCCUCGAACAGCGCCAUAAAUCCGUACAUCUUUUUGUACUUCCAAAAGGCCCGCGGCAGAAGAAGUCGCAGCACAGUCGCAUCGCAGCUGAAAGGUCUACCCUGCUUCCGUCGCUGGUUUGCUCGCGCCAGAAGUAAGAGCAGCCACAAGAUGGCGACGCUGACAGUGACCUACUCCGGUCGCCAUUCGCGGACGAUGACCACAGCCAACUGCGAACUCGCAUCCGAGAGGACUUAGCUCUCAUUCUGUUUCUUGUCUAAUACUGUGCGAAGAAAAUGGUGCUUGGGAUCGAGCCAGCGUCUACAAGAGAAAAGAUUUUUUUCAUUGUUCUCAGAAAAAAAAUACAGGGUCAUCCUGGACCUUUCUCACCUCUGCUCUUCGCAGAUGUCAUCUAUGACUAUCCAGUACGUAUUGUGCAUUGUGUGUGAAUACAGAAUGGACAGUAGUACUCUUCGCAUCAAAGAAAAUACCUGCUCUUCGCAGAUGUCAUCUAUGACUAUCCAGUACGUAUUGUGCAUUGUGUGUGAAUACAGAAUGGACAGUAGUACUCUUCGCAUCAAAGAAAAUACCUGCUCUUCGCAGAUGUCAUCUAUGACUAUCCAGUACGUAUUGUGCAUUGUGUGUGA